AUGGCUACCACCACAGACCUUUCUUGGGUCCAGGUUCUCUCUCGAGGCCACUCCAAGAAGGUCAUCAAUGCUCAACCACAACGAGCCAAAGAUGACAAAUUCAAACUGGUCCCUGAAGUUCUCUACGAACAUGACGAUUUGAAAGCCGAGGUUCUUACUCGCAAGGCGGCCGCCAUCCUCCAACAGGCCUUGACACCUGGAUCUGUUUUGUUUGCGUUCCCAAACAAAACAUUUGAUCAUCGUACUGCAGCCUAUCGCCUUAUCAAGGAGCAAAUAUCCCCCCUGAUCCAAUUUCGCCCUUUGAGUCUGUACCACCAGAAGGCAAAUGGAGAUCUCUUAUUGGAAGCAAAGUUUAAUCGCCUCGAGGAUGCCAAGCUAGCCAUCAGGCAGGGCAUCACUUAUCAGGACAUUGUAUUCAAGGCUACUGCCGCCAAGGACAACAGUGAAGGGAGACUCACUCAUGUCCAGAUGACUAUCGUCCGUAUGCCCAAUAUGGAGACGUUCGUGGAGGAUUUCUUUUUGAUCGACACUGCUGUCAACUACAGGAAUGCAGAGGGCAAGGAAUAUGACAUUCAACCAUUAAGCAGAAUGAUGUAUCUGUCAGCUUGGGACGUCUAUGUGCCUGCCACCUACCGCGGUGCACCACCCGUGUGCCAUUUCUGUCGCCAGAGUGGCCACAUCCGUGAUGCCUGCCCUGUCCUGGCCAAACGCCAAUGCUUCAAGUGUCGUAAGCUGGGUCACACCGCCAGGUUCUGUCGCGAGGAGGAAACCACGUUUGAGGAUGCCCUCGAGGAGUACGGGUCGAGUAAGAAGGCCAAUGAGGAGAACAAUACUGCCGAAACUCAACGCCGUCCCAAUGAUGGAGAACGCGAGAAGCGCCGUGGAGCCACCCACACCAUCCAUGAUCAUGUAGCGCAACAACUGCAACGCCAAACCACAGCCAGGCAGUCAACCGCUUCUCAUGGCAGCCAGAUCAGUAAUGCCGAGUCGUCCGCAAUGGAAAUCGAUCCCAAGACCCUGCAACGCACUCCUCAUGGUAGCGAUGCUUCCAAGCAUGCUCCACUAGCUUCGUCUUUGUACAUGCAUGUGGAUUCUCAGGCAAGUGUCGCCAGCGUUUCCUCUCUCAAUGGUUUCCAGUCUGAUGUGCUCCCUCUCCGCCGUCAUUCUAUGAGCUCGACGUCCAUGUCGCAGACUCCAGUGCAUCAUGCCGCCGAUAGGGCUUAA